GCCCCUGACCACGAGGUCGGGCGGCAAGCAGGCAAGGCAGGGAGGCGGGCGGGCAAGCGAGCAGGCGGUGGGGCAAGCAAGCGGCCAAGCGGGGAGGCGAGCAGGCAGGCAAGCACGGAGGCAGCCAGGCAGGCAGUCGGACAGGCAAGCACGCAGACAGGCAGGCGGUGAGGCGCGCACGACACGGCCCCGCCCCGCUGAUUCACGCCUGCGCAGAAGCGGGGCAGGGCCCUGUCACGGCUCCGUGUCGGGGCCGGUCACGCCCUCUCGGUGGCCGGUGGGUGCCUGCGGCGGACGGGGCGGGCUGGGCGCGGCUUCGCGGCCCCAGCGGAAGCGGAGCAGAGGGGAACGGAGAGCUUUGCCGCCGGGUGAAGCUUGCUUUGCAGUCACCGCUACAAAUGUGUGAAAUUUGCUGUUGUGUAGCUAUGUCUACAGUGAAGAUGUCUUCGUUUUGAUUUCCCCUUCUGAAUGUGGUAGGAUAUAGCUAGUGAUAGCUAGGGAAAUAUUUGAUCAUGCAUCAACUCCUGAGAUAGCUACACAGAAGGGAUAUUCUAGAAAAGGGAAGUUGGAAGAUCUCUGUGAUCAAGAGAAACAUAAACAUGUUGUGCUGGGGAAAUGCAUCUUUUGGACAGCUUGGAUUGGGUGGAAUUGAUGAAGAGAUUGUUUUAGAACCCAGAAAAAGUGACUUUUUCUUAAAUAAAAGGAUCAGAGAUGUAGGAUGUGGACUGAGACACACUGUUUUUGUCCUGGAUGAUGGGACUGUUUAUACAUGUGGAUGCAAUGAUCUAGGACAACUAGGGCAUGAAAAGGCCAGGAAAAGACCCGAGCAUGUUGGUGCACUGGAUGCCCAAAAUAUUGUAGCCGUAUCAUGUGGAGAAGCCCACACUCUUGCAUUAAAUGACAAGGGUCAAGUAUAUGCUUGGGGUCUGGCUACUGAUGGACAGCUUGGCUUGCCAGGAACAGAGGAAUGCAUCAGAGUGCCCAGAAAUAUUAAAAGCUUAUCAGAGAUCCAAAUUGUUCAAGUUGCUUGUGGUUAUUAUCAUUCACUAGCACUCUCAAAAGGAAGUGAAGUGUUUUCCUGGGGACAAAAUAAAUAUGGCCAGCUGGGCUUGGGUUAUGAGUAUAAAAAGCAGAACUCGCCACAUGUGAUUAAAUCUCUGUUGGGAAUCCCUUUUGCACAGAUUGCAGCAGGAGGAGCCCAUAGUUUUGUACUAACUCUUUCUGGAGCCAUUUUUGGAUGGGGACGCAACAAAUUUGGGCAGCUGGGUCUCAGUGAUGAUAAUGACAGGUAUGUUCCUACUCUGCUAAAGUCACUGAGAACUCAGAAGGUUGUUCAUAUAUGUUGUGGAGAAGAUCAUACUGCUGCUCUUACAAAGGAAGGUGGGGUUUUUACAUUUGGAGCUGGAGGCUAUGGUCAGUUGGGUCAUAACUCUACUAGUCAUGAGAUAAACCCAAGGAAAGUUUUUGAACUUAUGGGAAGUGUUGUGACGCAAAUCACUUGUGGCAGGCAGCACACCAUUGCAUUUGUUCCUUCAUCUGGAAGAAUCUAUUCUUUUGGACUUGGAGGUAAUGGGCAAUUAGGUACAGGAACAACCAGUAACAGGAAAAGUCCCUUCACAGUGAAAGGAAACUGGCUGCCUUACAGUACUCAGUGCCCGAUAACCACAGGCAGUGAGGAGUGUUACUGUGUGAAAAGAAUUUUCUCUGGUGGUGACCAAAGUUUUGCACACUACUUUUAUCCACAGAACAUGGUGCCACCAGAUGAUUUUAGGUAUCCUGACUUUUUGAAGCAGAUCUGGACUGUGAAUGAAACAUUUAUUCAAAGACUGCUGACUUUCCCAUCUGGAAGACUUCCUGUAGAGCUAGCUAAUGAAAUUGAUGGAACGUUCUCCUCUGCUGGGUGCCUGAAUGGGAGCUUUUUGGCUUUGAGCAAUGAUGAUCAUUACAAAACCAGCACAAAAUUCUCAGGGGUUGAUAUGAAUGCUGCUAGACUACUGUUUCACAAACUUAUACAGCCUGACCAUCCUCAUAUAUCACAACAGGUGGCAGCUAGUUUGGAAAAGAACCUUAUUCCCAAAUUGACCAGCUCCUUACCAGAUGUUGAAGCUUUGAGGCUGUAUCUUACUCUACCAGAAUGUCCACUGAUGAGUGAUGCAAACAAUUUCACAACAUUAGCUAUUCCUUUUGGAACAGCCAUUCUGAACCUAGAAAAAGCUCCUCUGAAAGUUCUUGAAAAUUGGUGGUCUGUGCUUGAACCUCCAUUGUUCCUGAAGAUAGUGGAACUCUACAAGGAUGUCAUAGUCCACCUCCUGAAGCUGUGCAAGAUGGGUGUUCCAGCCUCUGAAAGAAGAAUACUUACCACUUUUCUACACACAGGUUUCAGAGUUCUGGAAAUACUGCAUAGAGUAAAUGAAAGAGGACAAGUUAUCCAGUAUGACAGGUUUUACAUUCAUGAGAUACAAGAUUUGAUAGAUAUAAGAAAUGACUAUGUCAACUGGGUCCAGCAGCAGGUAUUUGGAAUGGAUGUCAACCAUGGAUUAACUGAGUUAACAGAUAUUCCUGUUACAAUUUGCACAUACCCAUUUGUAUUUGAUGCUCAGGCAAAGACAACUCUCCUACAAGCAGAUGCAGUCAUACAGAUGCAGAUGGCUGUUGAUCAGGCUCACAGGCAGAAUUUGUCUUCUCUCUUUCUGCCAGUAUUUGAAUCUGUCAACCCAUGCCUAAUAUUAAUGGUACGAAGAGAAAAUAUUGUAGGAGAUGCUGUGGAGGUUCUAAGGAAGACAAAGAAUGUAGACUACAAGAAACCACUCAAGGUUAUUUUUGUAGGGGAAGAAGCUGUUGAUGCUGGAGGUGUUCGCAAAGAAUUUUUUUUGCUCAUCAUGAGGGAGUUGCUAGAUCCCAAAUACGGAAUGUUCAGGUGUUAUGAAGAGUCCAGGCUCAUCUGGUUCUCUGAUAAGACCUUUGAAGACAGUGACUUGUUUCAUUUGAUUGGUGUUGUCUGUGGGCUAGCAAUAUAUAAUUUUACCAUCAUAGACCUUAAUUUCCCUUUGGCUUUGUACAAAAAACUAUUGAAUAAGAAACCAUCCCUGGAUGAUUUAAAAGAGAUGAUGCCAGAUGUUGGCAGGGGUAUGCAACAGUUACUGGACUACCCAGAGGAUGACAUUGAAGAAGCAUUUUGUCUAAAUUUUACUAUUACUGUAGAAAACUUUGGUACAACAGAAAUUGAAGAGCUUGUUCCUAAUGGUGCUGACAUUCCUGUAGUCAAACAAAAUAGGCAAGAUUUUGUAGAUGCAUAUGUGGAUUAUAUCUUCAAUAGAUCUGUGGCUUCAUUAUUCAGUGCAUUCCAUGCAGGCUUCCACAAAGUAUGUGGAGGUAGAGUUCUUCAGCUCUUCCAGCCCAGCGAGUUGCAGGCAAUGGUGAUUGGGAACACGAAUUAUGAUUGGAAAGAACUGGAGAAGAAUACAGAAUACAAAGGAGAGUACUGGGCAGACCAUCCUACCAUUAAAAUAUUCUGGGAGGUUUUUCAUGAGUUGUCUUUGGAGAAGAAAAAACAGUUUUUGCUGUUUCUGACAGGCAGUGAUCGUAUUCCAAUUCUUGGAAUGAAGUGUCUUAAACUGGUCAUCCAGCCAACAGGAGGUGGAGAAGGUUAUCUUCCGGUAGCUCACACUUGCUUUAAUCUUCUUGAUCUUCCAAAAUACACAGAUAAAGAAACCUUGAAAUCUAAGUUGAUCCAGGCUAUAGAUCACUACGAAGGUUUCAGUUUAGUAUAACUUCAGAAAUGAGAGUUCUGUGUAAUGUGGGAUCAUUAAACUAACUUUUUGCGUCUUUCUUGUGGUGGUAAAUUCAGUGGAUUAAAUGAUGGAGUUGAUAAUAUAACCAAUUCUUUGCGAAAGCAUUCAGUGGUAUGGAUAUUCAUGGGAGCCAAAAAGCAUUUACAAAAAUGAGGUACUGUUUUAACACAUACCUUCUUGUACAGAACCAUGUGGAUUUUGCCAUCUUACAAUAAAAACCAGAGUAUUUUGAAUGGGAGUCAAGUUUCGCUAACCUGAAUUAACCUUUCACCUGAUGCAAACAAAUUGGCGUGUGAGUGCAUGAGAGACUUGCUUAAGUUUUUCAAAUCACUUAAUAAGAACAUUUAACUUUUUCCCUUAUAAAUUCACUUGGUAACUUUUCAUUUUGUAAAUAAUAAUUUUUUGUGAUAAAAUAAUUAUGUUCCAAUAGCGGUAUAGUUUCUAUUGCUUGUAAUUGAAUAUGAGCUUAUUUUAUGGCUUUUAACAAAAAAGUGACUACUCUGAUUUCUGAAGAUAUAUUUUUCUGGUUUGUUUUAAGAACCUUAAUAAUGAAAACGAGUGUCUAAGAGACCUUCAUCUUCACUAUGUACAAUCCCUGAAGCAGUCACUUAGUGCCGAUACAAAACUGCAUUCAAUGGCAUUUUUAAUAUGUGGGUGGACAAGCUGACUAAAUACACUUUUAUUUUUAAGGACUGAUUCUGUAAUUAAGUGGAUGCCAUUAUAAAAGGUUAAUUUAUCAUUUGAAACCUCUGCAGCCAUGUGUCAAGAAUACAGCUUAAAAGAAAAAGGUGUACCAGACAACUGAUGCUGUCAAGAGGUCAAGCAUUUAUUUUUAAAAGCUGAAGAUGUAGUUUAUGGUUUCUAAUAGAAUUUUCACUUUUUUCCAGGUAAAUGCAUUUGAAAUAACUUUAACUGUCCCCUCCCCUUUUCUUAAGAUUUUAUUUUUAGUAUAAUUGCCCUGAGACAAUUGUGCUUAGCUGGACACUUUUGGAUUUGACUUUCCUUCUCUGGUGAAAUUCCAGAUUUUGUGGUGUUAAUGCAUAUGUGACUUGCAGCUGUGAAACAAAUAUUUAUUUUUUUUAGAUUUUUAAAUGCAGUGAAAAAAUUCAAGCUAUAAUAAAAUACUUGAAUGAAAA